GUUUAUAAUAAGCCUGGCGCCGUGAGUUGGCGGUUACAACUCUCACGCACCUCGUAACAGUGACAUCGCGAACUUGAGACACUAGGAAAGAGAGAGGUCCGCUAGGAUGAUGGGAACUACUACUUCACGUGCUAGAAUAUGUUCGGACGUCAGCAAGAUACAUCGUAACCAGCCGAUUAAAGGGAAGCUACUGUCACCACACCAAGAACCUGUAGAAAUGACGGAAUCUGCCGAAACAAAGUCUAUCUCCCCUUGCAAGCUGAAGUACCAAGGCAACAUCGGCAAGGACGGACAGCACCUUCACACCUCUAUUAAUUCUGAUUGUCUCUCCACCAACAGUGUAUCUAAAUCACAAAUGGAUGUUUUUAAAAACCAAAGGCCACCAGGUAACUCUCCUUGUGAGUGCGCCACGCGAGAAGAAUUCCUAAUGUCAGCAGCGGUUUGUGCCGUCAGAUGCAUGCAGACAGACGUGUCUGACGACCUCCUCUGGGCGGCCUUUAAAAACAUCUGCAGCAACAGCAGCGAAGCCUCCCAGCUCUUACUUUCUCAGAGACUUCUAGAAUCACUGGCGAGCUUUGACAGCAGUGGUGACACAGAAGGCGACGACGCCAACAGUGGCACCUGCGCAUGUUCCAGCUCGCACCAACCAAGACUCGUGGAUGUCUCAGAGAAAUUCGUCGAGAACGUCAGAAAAUCAGAGAGUGAAGGCGAUACUGGCGCCGCACAGUCCUGACGUAGCCACCGUUCUUGAGAAAGGGCGCGUGGACACGCAGGACAGUGAGGUUUACUUGGCCCAGUUCCCCGUGGAGAGAGAGUCAUGUCUAGAAGAGCCAUCCGAGCUUUUGACGGAGGUUCAACCCCUUCCUGUCACGAUCAAGUCAACAACAGACUUGCUGCAGCCAGAGAUCGAGAGAAAAAAGUUCCAUAACGUUACUGCUAGCAGGUACAAAGUUCUGCUGGCAGAGAACGAGCGUCUUAAGAGAAGACAGGUGUGCCGCCUUUGCAAGGUGCACGCAGUAAAUGCCACUCUCCUGCCCUGUGGUCACUUUGUCUACUGCCUGGACUGUGCCCAGACUCUGGAGCGCUGCGGAGUCUGCGACAAGGAAAUCCUUGGCGACGUCAGGACCUUCCUCAGUUGAGGCCUCAUGACACGAGCUCACUGUGGCACAUGGUUACGUGAUGUGAGCACAGCAGGCCAGCCUCCAGAACGUACCCCGUAAUGCCACGUAAUGUCAUGUGAUAGGACAGAAGUCACGAGCAUCAUCCAAUGUACGUCGUCAUAUCCACAGCCGUCUCGUGAUGCCUGGAGCACCAAUGCACUACAUCGGCCCGAUCUCACACCCUCAGGCCACCAUGGAUACGAAGUCCAUCCCGGGUCCUCCUGAUGCUCACCAACAGAUGUCUCUGCGGCAUACAACCUGUCUAAGGUCGCCGCAAGAACAAGUGGCUCCGUGCACAUCGCUUCACUCAGCACAAAUUAGUUCAUUGGCUGUGCCGUCACCUUCGUUGUCACGUGCUAUCUCAGCUUUCAGAGGGAGGAAUUCUUCUGAGAAUGCUGUGCAGAUGGCCGUGAGAUUGCAGGUGUUGCCCAGCAGCCACACGGAGCAUGGAAGCGACAAGAUGCCUGCCACUGCUACACGAAACAAAGCAACAAGAUGGCUCAGGAUCACUUGACAGUUCCAUUCCCAUUUACACCCGGCACACAAUUAAAAACAGAUUUAUGGCGCGGCUGACUGGUGGGAAUAAAAAGCAAAAACUUUAACUUUAAUUUCGAGUUUCGACAUUGUUUUGUGAUCAUUUUGUCUAGUCAUUAAUUAAUUCUCCUGUUUAUUUAUUUAUAGUCCGAAGCCUUCCAACAAGACAUGGCCAACAGUUAUAAUUGUAUUGUUGAAUAUCUAGGCCCGUCCACAUGUCCACGUCGGUCGGUUGGCUUAUUUAGUAAGAAAGUGCUUCCACCUUGCGGCGAUUUCGCACUACAGGGAGAGGGAGAAACCCGGAGAAAACGCCGAACGCCCAUCCCUGCGAACAGGUGUCACAUAGAGUGUCCCUAGAUGCUCUCUGCCGUAGUGACAAGCGAGUGUGUUAACCACUACACUACCGGGCACCUCAACGAAGUGUUUUUGUAAAUCAUAAUUUAUACUGGCUUAUGAUGAUUUUAGGAAAUACGUUUAUUCAAAACGGUCCAAGUAUGUUCGACCAAGUCCGGUUACAUUUUUAAGCAUUUGCUUAGAACCAAAAUUUAUUUAUUACACGAUGAGGAGGAACAACUGAGUGACAACAAGAGCGAGUGAGCGAGCGAGAGAGAGAGAGAGCGGGAUGAGAGAGGAAGGGAGAGCGUGAAGGUCUUAAAUUUUAAUGUUCCGUUCCGAUACUCCAUUUUAUUGAAUUUGUAAAAUUCCUGUGAAAUAAAUCAUUUCAUACCAUU